AUGCAUUCGCUGCGGCAGGAGAUCCUCCCUCCAAGUGGUGUUGAGUACGCAGCAUGUCUCAAAUUCACCUCCUCGACGCUCUCGACCGCGUCUUCGUCUUCGCAAACCGGUCGUACUCUCUUCAACGUCGUGGUGGCGCGUGCAAGCCUCUUGCGCAUAUUCGAAGUUAGAGAAGAGCCCGCUCCCAUAUCCGCGCAAAAAGAACACGAAAAGGCACGACGCGCGAGCGUGCGCAAAGGCACCGAGGCGGUCGAGGGCGAGGUGGAGAUGGAUGGGUCGGGAGAGGGCUUCGUGAGCAUGGGUACGUCUAUCGGCCAGAAUGGCGUCGCCCACCCCCAGACCGUCACUCGCUUCUAUCUCGUUCGCGAGCAUCGCCUUCAUGGUACCGUCACGGGUCUCGAGCCUGUGCGGACUGUGCACUCCAUCGAAGAUAGGCUGGAUAGGUUGUUGGUCUCCUUCAAGGACGCAAAGAUUGCUCUUCUGGAAUGGUCGGACGCAAUACAUGAUGUCCUGACCGUGUCUAUCCACACAUACGAGCGAGCCCCGCAGUUGAUGGCACUAGACUCUCCUCUCUUCCGUGCCGAGCUCCGCGUCGACCCUCUGUCUCGAUGUGCCGCCCUUUCUCUCCCCAAGGACUCCUUGGCCAUCCUCCCCUUCUACCAAAGUCAAGCUGAGCUGGACCUGAUGGAGGUCGAAGCGAACCAAGCACGCGACGUGCCCUACUCUCCAAGUUUUGUCCUCGACCUCGCGAAUGACGUUGACAAGCGGAUCCGGAACGUCAUCGACUACGCGUUCCUACCGGGUUUCCACAAUCCGACGGUUGCCGUUCUCUGCCAGUAUCAGCAAACAUGGACCGGACGGCUGAAGGAGUUCAAAGACACCGUCAGCCUGCACAUUUUCGCGCUCGACCUAGUCACGAACAACUACCCGGUCAUUACCUCCGUCGACGGCCUCCCGUACGACUGCUUCGCCGUCACCCCCUGCGCGACCGCCACCGGAGGCGUCUUCAUCCUCGCCGCCAACUCCGUCCUCUUCGUCGACCAGUCCGGCCGUCGCGUCCCGUUCGCCGUCAACGGCUGGCCCCCACGUGUCUCCGACCUCGCCAUGCCUGCCCUGGGCCCCCUCGAGCAGACGCGGGACCUCCAGCUUGAGGGCGCGCGCGUCACGCUCGUCGACGACCGGACGCUCUUCCUCUUCCUGAGGGAUGGCUCCGUGUAUCCGGUCGAGCUUGUCCAAGACGGCCGGACGGUGACCAAGCUCACGAUGGGCAACGCCCUUGCGCGGACGACCAUCCCCGCCGUUGUGAAGCGUGCUGCCGAGGAAGAGUACGUGUUCGUGGGAAGCAUGACGGCGCGCGUGCAGGAGGAGAUCGUGGAGGAGGACGUGGAUAUGGCGGGGCCGGCGGCGGUGGUGGACGCGGAGAAGGAUGAUGAUAUGAUGGAUGACGACGAAGAUCUGUAUGGCCCAUCGGAAACCAAGGAUAAUACCAACGGGGCUGGGGCCACGAAUGGUGUCGUAGACUCUGUCCGAACUCGGACUGUCGUACACCUGUCGCUUUGCGACGCAAUCCCUGGGCAUGGUUCCAUCAACGAUAUGGCGUUCGGGUACGCUCGUAAUGGGGAUCGCAGAGUUCCCGAACUCAUCGCCGCUACUGGUUCGGGGCAACUUGGUGGCUUCCACCUCUUCCAAAGAGACCUGCCUACACGCGCAAAGCGCAAGGUCCACCCGGUUGGAGGAGGGCGCGGGAUAUGGUCUAUGGCUAUCCGUCGCCCCUCCGCCUCAGUCAACGCAGACAACGACACCAUCAUCAUCAGCACGGACGCCAACCCCUCACCGGGAGUCUCCCGCAUCGGGACGGCCAUCGUCCACGUCAUGUGGGUGUCGGCGAACCAGAUCCGCGUCCUCGAGUCCGACGGCACGGAACGACAGAUGAUAAAAGACGCGGACGGGAAUGUGCCGCGGCCGCGGGUGCGGUCGUGCAGCAUUUCCGACCCCUUCAUCCUCAUCCUCCGCGAAGACGACACGAUCGGACUGUUCAUCGGCGAGCCCGAGCGAGGCAAGAUCAGGCGGAAGGAUAUGUCACCGAUGGGAGACAAGACAUCUCGCUAUCUUACCGGGUUCUUCUACACCGAUACUAGUGGGGUGUUCCAGUCAUUCGCGAACUCGAACGUCCCAGGGGAGGCACCGACGUCGACAUUGCAGAGUGCGAUGAGUGCAGGCACGAGGACACAGUGGCUGGUGCUGGUCAGGCCGCAAGGUGUAGUUGAGGUCUGGACACUGCCGAAACUCACUUUGGCCUUCUCUACAACCCUCCUGGCCACCCUGGACCCCGUCUUGACCGACACGUACGAUCCGCCCGCGCCCUCGCUUCCGCAGGACCCACCUCGCAAGGCCCAGGAGCUUGACAUUGACCAGAUGGUCAUCGCCCCUCUCGGAGAGUCGCAGCCUCGGCCACAUCUGAUCGUGCUGCUGCGCUCUGGGCAGCUGGCGAUCUACGAGGCCGUGGCCGCGGCGCCCCCCACAGACCCUCUGCCCUCGACGCGAUCCUCGACGCUCCUCGUGAGGUUCGUGAAGAUCGCUUCGCGCGCGUUCGACAUCCAGCACCCGGAGGAGGAACAGAAGUCUGUGCUCGCCGAACAGAAGCGCAUCUCGCGCCUCCUCCUUCCCUUCGUGACGACGCCCUCGCCAGGGCGGACGUUCUCGGGCGUGUUCUUCACGGGGGACCGCCCGUGCUGGAUCACCAGCACGGACAAAGGCGGUGUGCGCGUCUUCGCGUCCGGCCACAACGUCGUGCACGCGUUCACGACGUGCUCGCUGUGGGAGUCCAAGAACGACUUUUUGCUCUACUCAGAAGAGGGCCCCAGCCUGGUCGAGUGGAUGCCGGACGUGCAGCUGGACGCCCAUUUGCCCGCGCGCUCCGUCCCGCGUGCGCGGCCAUACUCGAACGUCGUGUUCGACGCCUCCACGCAGCUCGUCGUCGCGGCGUCGAGCUUCAUGAACCGCUUCGCGUCAUAUGACGAGGACGGAAACGUCGUCUGGCAGCCGGACAGCGCCAACAUCUCUUAUCCGUACUGCGAGACAUCGACGCUCGAGCUCAUAUCGCCAGAUGGAUGGCUGACGAUGGACGGGUACGAGUUUGCCGCGAACGAAUUCGUGAGCUGCGUGGUGUCCUUGCCGUUGGAGACGAUGAGCACAGAGUCCGGCAUGAAGGACUUCAUCGCGGUGGGCACCACCAUCAACCGCGGAGAAGACCUCGCCGUCAAGGGCGCGGUGUACAUCUUCGAGAUCGUGGACGUUGUUCCAGAUACGAGCACAAAGAUGGCCCGGUGGUGGCGUUUGAAGCUGCUCUGCCGAGACGACGCUAAAGGGCCCGUCACGUGUCUAUGCGGAAUGAACGGCUACCUCGUCUCUUCCAUGGGGCAGAAGAUCUACGUGCGCGCAUUCGACCUGGACGAGCGGCUCGUCGGCGUGGCCUUCCUGGACGUUGGGGUCUACGUCACGUCCCUGCGGGCGGUCAAGAACCUGCUCGUUAUCGGCGACGCGGUGAAGAGCGUGUGGUUCGUCGCGUUCCAGGAGGACCCGUACAAGCUCGUGAUCCUCGGCAAGGACCCCCAGCGCGGGUGCGUCGCUCGGGCGGACCCAUUCUUUGCCGACGGGCAUAUGUCUAUCGUGACCUGUGACGAGGAAGGCAUCGUCAGGAUUUACGCGUACGACCCUCGCGACCCCGAGUCGAAGAGCGGCCAGCACCUUCUGCGACGGACCGAGUUCCACGGACAGACGGAGUACCGGAGCUCGCUGCUCAUCGCGCGGCGAGGCAAAGCCAACGACGGCGAGCUGCCGCAAGCCCGGCUCGUGUGCGGCGCGGCGGACGGCACGCUCUCGACGCUCACGCCCGUCGACGAGGGCGCGUUCAAGCGGCUGCACCUCCUCCAGGGCCAGCUCGUCCGCACCGUGCAGCACGUCGCGGCGCUGAACCCGCGGGCCUUCCGGAUGGUGCGGAACGAACACGUCUCGCGGCCGCUCGCGCGCGGCAUUCUCGACGGGAACCUGCUCGCCACGUUCGCGGAGCUGCCGAUCGCGCGGCAGGACGAGGUGACACGCCAGAUCGGGACCGACCGUGCGACGGUCCUCAAGGACUGGGUCGCGCUCGCCGGCGCGUGGUGA